AUGGCAUCCACCACAAAGACCAAACCCACCUCUUCGUCCACACCCAUCUCCUCACAAAACCACUUUGGCUCGCUCCUCUUCUGUUCGCGCUGUGGUGAUCUCCUCGCCCUCCCCGGCGACGACGACGAGAUCGUUUGUGAUGCGUGUGGGCAGGUGGAGGAUGCUGCUGGUGCGUUCGACACAUUCACCAUAGGGCUCUGUGAUCGUUCGAGUGAAAACUCAUCGGAAGCGAUCCCCGCACAGCUUACGAGAACCAAACGAUCACGACCCGAUCCCACCCCGCGGCGUUCCCGAGUUCGUUGAGGCAGAAGAAGACGUCAUUGGUCAAACAUACCGGUGACGUCGAAAAGAAGAAAGUAUAUGUACGUUCGUUUCAGCGUCCCUCUUUCGAUAGUGGAGCCCAAGUUCCUCUUGAGGCCGUCAAUCCACGCUCUUUUUCUCGGAAAAAUUUUCCACCCGUAGCUCCUCGAGCUCACCCCUUGCUAUUACCCUGCUUCUACCCGAACAGGUCGAUGAGAUGUGCGAAAAAUGUGGCAACGAACGCAUGUCGGUCAAGACGAUGCAACUCCGGUCCGCCGAUGAAGGAGGUCAGUCGAGUGCCACCCACAUCCCUGAACCCGAUGAUCUUUCCCACGGAAAACUCUUCGCUGACGCACGGUUAUCAUCUGAAUGCAGCCACGGUUUUCUACUCUUGCGAGCGAUGUGGUCAUCAAACGAGGUUGAACAAUUAG